ACGAUAAGAACGAGGAGGUUGACGGCGCGGCCUGCCUUUCAUCCACAUUUGGGUUUCGACAGGUCGGGCGACCAGAUUCCGAUCAAAAGAUUUAUGCUCCGGGUCUUGGAAUUUUAGUUUGAUCCUGCGAAGGGGAGGCGCGAGCUGGUCGAGGAGGGAUGGAUCAGAUCAUGGGGAAGGUGGGCGGAUACUGGUUCAGCCAGAAGGCCGGCAAGGAGAUGAACAGCGUCGGGGACGACAUCAAUUCAAUCUCUAGCAGCAUUGGGGAUGGAGCCAAAUGGAUGGUCAACAAAAUCAAAGGGAAGAUGCAGAAACCACUGCCUGAAUUUAUCAAGGAAUAUGACCUCCCAAUAGGCCUGUUCCCCCAGGACGCGACCAACUACGAGUUCAACGAAGAGACGAAGAAGCUAACUGUGUACAUCGCAUCAGCCUGCGAGGUUGGCUACAAGGACUCGUCGGUCUUGCGGUUCUCCACCUGCGUGACCGGCUACCUCGAGAAGGGUAAGCUCUCAGACAUUGAUGGCUUGAAGACCAAGAUCCUGAUCUGGACCAAGGUGACGGCAGUCAGGACUGAGGCCACCAAGGUACACUUUGCUGCUGGCAUGAACAAGACCAGGAAUCGGGACGCUUACGAGGUUGUCAGGGAUGGUGUUGGCAUAGACAAGUUUUAGAUUUUAUUGCUAUGAUGCAUCGGCAUAGACAAGAGAAGGGAAGUUCUGUUUUCCUUUCAAAUUUGCUGGUCCGCUUUUUUAUUUUUUUGUUCAACAGACAAAUGUAAACUAAAUCAUUUAGACUUGUAGGAGUUCAGAUGAAAUAUAUUGCCAAUCAGCAAUUUUCCUCA